CGCUUGACAAAUCCGUAACGAUGGCUCAGCCGAGCCAAGUGACGCUGGAAAUCGACGAGGAGGCUCCAGCUGAGGGUACACCAAGGAACAAUGUACUUCAUCGACUGGACUCAGUUCCCAGGCCAGUAACUGCGAAUAGAAACAACCUGGGCUUCGGAGAUCGCCUUAAUAGUGUCUUCAGAGAAAUAAGGCCGCUUGUGGAACAUGCUCGAAUGGGAAAUAACGCUCGUCUAUCUCUACCAACAUGGCUGCCACGCAAUCAUCCAGGCACUCAUCAAAUGGGUGAUAGCGCCCUACAAAGACCACAGAGCUCAAUAGCUCAUGUCAAUCUAGGUCCAAACUCUACCACAUAUGUGGUAACGGAACGAGCUACCCCACAACGUCAACAAUCCACACAUGGCAUGAGUAACAGUGCUUCAAAUGAUUCGAAUUUGUCAGAACAAGCACAGGAACACCCUGAAAUCAAUGUGUCAGUGAAUCCGGCGAAUAAUAAUAACAUAAAUGACAAUGAACAGGAUAAUGACAGUCAUAGUGAAGAUGGAACACAACAGGUACGAGUGGUAGAUGUAAGGGCAACUCUAAAUUUACUAAUAAAAUACGCGCCGUUCUACUUCAUACUGUUCAUUAAGUCUAUGUAUGACAGCCGAGAGGCGAUCUUCACAUUCUGUGUGCUGUUCUGCACUUUCACACAUUGCAACAGUUUAGUAAGAAGGGAACACGGAAAACAAAUGAACCGCAGCAUAGUAGCGCUAUUCUGUGAACUAGUGUUCACAGUGUGCUGCAUAAUCAUCAUUCAUUUCUUCUGUGGCCACGGACGGUUGCUCAACAACGUAAUUAUGUUCCCCGGGUACACAGAGCCUAUUGAUGUUUGGGAAUUGAUAUGGCUCGUUGUGCUCACCGAUCUGAUAGUCAAGAUUGUGACUGUAGAUAUUAAGAUAUUUGUCACUAUGAUGCCUGCGUUUGUCCUGCCAUUUCAGAAGCGGGGCAAAGUAUAUCUAUUUGUUGAAGCAGUGUCGCAGCUGUACCGUUCGCUGUUAACUAUCCAACCAUGGAUAUUCUUCCUCAUGCAAUCAUACGAAGGUUCAGAGAAAAUGGUGGGCAUGUUUCUGACGUCCAUUUAUGUUAUUGCAAAAGUGAUUGAGGUGCUGCUGAGGUUGAAGUUGUUUAAGACUGCUACAUGGACGUUGCUGCAAAGUGUGAACCUAGGCACAAAACCUACUGGCGAGCAACUGCUCUCAGCUGGAGAUUCGUGCCCGAUCUGCCAUGACGAUUACACGACGCCGGUCCGACUCGGCUGCAGCCACAUCUUCUGCGAGCUCUGUAUCUCAGCCUGGCUGGAUAGGGAACACACCUGCCCUCUAUGCCGCGCUAAGGUCGCCGAUGAACCAACAUGGAGAGACGGUUCCACCACGUAUGACUUCCAAUUGUAUUAAUUUAAAUAGUCCUAUAAGUUACAUUCUCUUGCUUUGUUUACUAAGCUAGACACUUACCUGGCGGAUAUUACGCAGCUAAAUAACGCGCGAAAUUUGUUGUAAGUCGUAAAAAAUUGGCAGCAGCUACCAUGUGACGUUGAACGAAAUUUUACGUGAGAUAUUCAAACGCGUAAUUUCUGCUGGAUUUUGUCUCUUGUCCUAGAGAGUCCGCUACACUUGUCGGCACGGAAUCCCAUUAGACAGACCUGAAAAAGCUUUAUAAAAAUGUAUAAAACAUAUUUUAAUUAUGAUACGAUCUGAACGUCUACUAUCACUCUAAAUGAGUCUCUCUGACUGAAGCCAAAAGGCUGUCAAAAUUAUUUUUUUUUAAUCAAAAUUUAUUUGAAACGAUUUUUGUGAGACCGAUUCAAAAGCGUACGAUCCGGUGUGUGGAUCGAUUCAGAGACACAAUGAUCCAUUACGAUCCGAAAAAUCGAUUCAAAGCAAAAAGUCGUGCAUCCCUAGAAACGACUCGACAGAGGCCGGCAACGAAUGCAUACGGCGCCGACGACGUCCGACCAACAACGUUAUCGACCUUUCGGCUCAACGCGACAAAUUGAUGUCUUAUUUUCUCAAACUCGUAUCUUAUAAAGAGUGAUUAUUCAGGAGAUGGCAAAACUUUAUAUUUAUUUUAAAUUUCUUAUCAAGGGU